AUGGAGGAGUCCGACGAGGCAAUGGUGCCUCACUCUGGGACGGGGAUGCCGAUUGCGGUGUAUCCGCCUCUACCACCGUAUACAGAUCCUGAAUUGACGUUGACCCGGGAAACAACGACACGAACGGUGGUAAUGCAGGGUGGGGAAACCCACCGCCAAGUUGAAGCACUGGCCCAGCACUCAGCGGCCGUGCAGCAAAUGACUGCUGAGCAGCUUGGACAAGUGAAGGCUCAGCAGGAGCAUCUGGCGGCCAAGACACCAGAAUAUCUUCAGCAACAGCACGACCGUAAUUCGGCCAUCCAUGAGCAACAGCAAGAUAUGAAGCAACAGAUGGAAGAGCAACGGCGAUUCCUAGAAAUACAGUUCCGGUUGUUGAAAGCGGCUGAAGAAGCUGUGGGUCUACAGGAGCAGCGCCUGGAGAGCCUAGCAGAGGCGGUGCAGCCUCAUCUUCAAGCGCGCUGGGGUGCGUUCGAGCAAGGAGCAGCACCUCCAUCGGUGAACCGCAGCUCUGAGAGGCCUGCUGUCACAGUAGCUGCUGCGGCCAACCUGCCGGUACCCCCGAUAUACCGAGGCAGCUCUAAGAAGGAGAACCGUGACUUCAUGUUUAGUUUAGCCAUCUGUACACGACGCAUUAAAGCGUUAAACCAAGGCACACAAGCGAGCAUAUUUGAUGAGAGAGAUAUUACAGAAACGGAAUGGAAGAACUACUUUUUGUCCGCUCACAUCCCAGAUCACACUGCGUACAAGACCCUGGAGAGAGAAGUGAAAAGUCUUUGCAUGAACAUUGAAUUGCAGGAUGCUGAAUCACGUCUUUCGCGUCUCAUGGCAGAUUUUUACACUAUCGUGGAUCGAUUAACCAUGGAAGACGGGAUUCAAACGGAACCAAAGAAAGUUGUCGGAUAUUAG